AUGGGAAAAGCACGCGAGAUUAGCAGUGAAGGGCGUUCUGCCGUCGUUACUUUACGUAAUGAAGGCAAAUUCGAACGUGAGAUUGCUUUACAAUUGAAGUUAUCGAAGACUUGUGUUCAUGGCACAAUAACUCGAUACAGGGACACAGGCACUUUUCAAGAUCGUCCACGCUCAGGAAGGCCGAGAGCUACCACGUCAAGUGAAGAUCAUUUCAUACCGAGAAUCCGCGUUGAAGUAAACAAAACCCGAGUUAAACCUUUAUCAGUGACUUCAGUAAAAUGGCGACUGAGAGAUGCGAAAUUGUAUGGUCGUAUCGCCGUUCGAAAACCUCUGCUAAGGCCACAAAACAGUAAAAAACGGAUGUAA